AUGUCACCAGCAACAUCAGAAACUACAACCAGAGCUCUAGCGAGAACGUUCGCUUUACAGGAAGCACUAUACACCCCUGUGUCCGACAACAGCUCUCACAGAACAAUAUUUAAGUUGCCUUCCUUCUGCCAAGGAACUGCAGAUCGUACAUCGCUAGCCAUUAAAACUAUAGCAUCAGGACGCAUCGAUGAUAACGAAGUAUUUAUUCUUGUGCUUAUACAGUGCAGCAGCAGUCACAACCAGCAGCCUAGCAGCGAUGCCAGUGCCAGUUCCAGUUCGAGUUCCAGCAGCAUCAGCCGGUUCCAUCAGCCCAGCCAGUUCCUGCAGUUCAGCCGGUUCCAGCUGCCCAUCCAGUUCCAGCAGUCUAGCCGGUUCCAGCAGCCCAACCAGUUCCCGCAGUCCAGCCGGUUCCAGCUGCCCAGACAGUUCCAGCAGACCAGCCAGUUCCAGCUGCCCAGCCGGUUCCAGCAGCCCAGCCAGUUCCCACAGUCCAACCGGUUCCAGAUGCCCAGCCACUUCCCGCAGUCCAGCCGGUUCCAGCUGCCCAGCCGGUUCCAGCAGCACAGCCAGUUCCAGCAGUCCAGCCAGUUCCAGCUGCCCAGCCGCUUCCAGCAGCCCAGCCAGUUCCAGCAGCCCAGCCGGUUCCAACAGCCCAGCCAGUUCCCGCAGUCCAGCCGGUUCCAGCUGCCCAGCCAGUUCCCGCAGUCCAGCCAGUUCCAGCUGUCCAGCCGGUUCCAGCAGCUCAGCCGGUUCCAGCAGACCAGCCAGUUCCCCCAGUCUAGCCAGUUCCAGCAGCCCAGCCGGUUCACGCAGUCCAGCCAGUUCCAGCUGCUCAGCCAGUUCCAGCAAACCAGCCAGUUCCCGCUGCCCAGCCGGUUCCAGCAGCCCAGCCAGUUCAGGCAGUCCAGCCAGUUCCAGCUGCCCAGCCAGUUCCAGCAAACCAGCCAGUUCGCACAGUCCAGCCGGUUAGAGCUGCCCAGCCAGUUCCAGCAGACCAGCUAG